CCCUCUUUCGAGUUCUCUUCCACUUUUGCGACGCCAACAUCCCCGAAGCUAGACCCUAGCAAUGUUCACGCGAUAACCAUAAUUAAUCAUCGCCGUCCACAUCCCAUUUCCAACACAAAUGGCGAGCAAAUCCCGCUGGGCCAACACCGAGGAAGAUGCAGCACUGGAAGCAAAGCUCAAGAAAGAGAAAGAGGAGAAGAAGCGACUGAAAGCCGAGAAGGCAGCCAAGGCAGAGCAGGAGAGGCAACGCGCUGCGGCUGAACAGGCGCAGAAGCAACGGGAUGAGGAAUCAAGCGAUCGCCGACCGCCUGCAAAGAGGCGGAAACUCACACCAGAACGAGAAGAUGGCGGGACUGGGGACACCGAGGACGUAAAUCUUCUUCGCUUCGAUGCUGGGGGAUGGGCGCCCUCGCGCAGCGUUGAGAACUACGACAAGCUCAAUGACAUCGAGGAGGGGUCAUAUGGCUGGGUGGCAAGGGCUAGGGAGAUCAAGACAGGCGACGUGGUAGCGCUCAAGCGACUCAAGCUCGAUAAGGAUGAGUCGAUGCGAACAGGCCUGCCAGAGACAGGAUUGCGAGAGAUUCAGAUCCUAAAGGACUGCUCGCACAAGAAUAUUGUCAAGCUACGGGAGGUUGUAAUCGGCGAGGACACGUCGCGGAUAGAGAACAUCUUCCUUGUUCUCGAAUUUCUGGAACACGAUCUCAAGAGCAUCCUCGAGGACAUGCCGGAGCCAUUCCUCGCCUCUGAAGUUAAGACUAUAUUACUACAGCUCGGAAGCGGCGUGGCCUAUUUACACGAUCAGUGGAUUUUACAUCGUGACCUCAAGACCUCCAACUUAUUACUCAAUAACCGAGGCCAGCUCAAGAUCGCCGACUUUGGCAUGGCACGGUACGUGGGCGAUCCAGCCCCGAAAUUAACACAAUUAGUCGUGACGCUAUGGUAUCGAGCGCCAGAACUUCUCCUCGGCACAAAGACAUACGGCGCACCCAUCGACAUGUGGAGUGUAGGAUGUAUCUUCGCCGAGAUUCUGACGCGGAAAGCAUUGCUCCCCGGCAAGAACGAGGUAGACACGUUGACAAUGAUAUUCGAGCUCUGCGGCAUACCGACCGAAGAAUCAUGGCCCGGAUUCCGGCGAUUGCCCAACGCACAUUCCCUUCGUCUGCCCUCCAAGAACCCCCCAGGUGCCACGGGUGCUGUCAUCCGCGCCAGGUUUCCGCUCCUAACGGCCGCCGGCAGUGCUCUGUUGACCGGUCUCUUAUCUCUGAACCCGGACGCUCGACCCACGGCGAAGGAGAUGCUGCAGCAUGAGUACUUCCGCCAGGACCCCAAACCUAAGCACGAGGCCAUGUUCCCCACGUUCCCCAGCAAAGCUGGGCAAGAACGUAGGAGGCGCCACGAUACACCGAACGCCCCGGGACGUGGACAGGUUGCCUCGCUGGGAACCGUGGAUUUCAGCGGGAUAUUCGCCGGCAGAGACAAGGAAGAGCGAGGUGGCGGGUUUGCAUUACGUAUGGUUUGAGAUAUACCAAAGCCACGAAGAAAUAGUACUUGUACCGACCUCAUCUUCCACCCGACUUGCGUCACCUGUCCUUCGGUUUCGUUUACCAAUCUCGUGUGUAGAACUGAAGUCCCCGAAGAACCGAAUCCUGGUGUUCAAGUGUGAGUAUAACGCAAUUACAAGCUAUAUAUGUCAUGCCAGGAAAAGGCCGUUUUGCUUGCGAUUAUUUAAGAUAUCUAUUGACGUCCCUUAUUUAUCUUUCGUACAUGCUUCCCCUAAGUAAAGAGAUAUCCUCAGAUUAUGGUGCAUGAUUCAGAGCCGCUGAUGGCUGACUGCGUCAGUCAGUACUAGGUAGGU